GGGUUCAGGCGAUUCUCCUGCCUCCGCAUCCCGAGUGGCUGGGAUUACAGGCUCCCGUCACCACACCUGGCUAAUUUUUGCAUUUUUAGUAGAGACGGGGUUUCACCAUGUUGGCCAGGCUGAUCUCAACCUCCUGACCUCAAGUGAUCUGCCCACCUUGCCCUCCCAAAGUGCUGGGAUUACAGGUGUGAGCCACCGUGCCCGGCCAGAUUAUUAUUAUUUUGUAGACAGUCUGUCUUUCACCCAGCAUGGAGUGCAAUGGUGCCUCGAACUCUUGGACUCAAGUGAUCCUUCCACCUCAGCCUCCCAAGUAGCUGGGAUUACAGCUGUGUGCCACUGUGCCCAGCUGAGAGUACGUUUUAAUCUGAGCAUGGGGGCAGCUAUGAUUCCCAGUAGCACCUGGGGUGAGACCAGGUCCUGGCUCCACUCACCCUGCCAGGACCUCGUGGUCUGACACCUUCACACUGGACACGCCAUCUCUGGCCUCAUCCAGCGUCUGCACUGGCUCAGGCCUCCGUGAGCGGCAAUCCCAACAGCGGAUACUGGAAUCAAUAGAGCCUGUGAGGCCAGCAUGAUGGUGAGGUCAGGUUUGGAGGGGGAGGGCAGCACCCUGGGCCCCCGUGCUUAGGCCCCAGACUCACCGGACAGGAUAACUGUGGCCUCUUCAUUAAACUGCACCGUGUUCACCUUCUGAGAAAGUUAUUGCCACUCAGAGGAGGCUGGACUUUGGAGGACUGGGAUAAAGGCAGGGUUCCUAGUGUCGGUUAAAGCAAGGGCAAAGGCUAGGAGAAGGGGAGGUGAAAGGUUUUGGGGAACAGCAAGGACAGGGGUUGGUGACUGCCUAGCCUGGCAUGCGGAGUGGGGGAUCGUCAUCUGGGGAAGGGAUCCUUACGGUGUAAUGGGGGUGGCCGUGUCACCACCUAUGCGCUAAUACGGGUCCCCUCCGCUCGAAUGAGGGUCUGCAGGCUUUCACUCACCCCUGCGUGGCCCCGGAAUUUGCGCACGACCUGCCCUGAUGCCACAUCCCACAGAACCACCGCCUUGUCCCCGCCGCCGGAGCAGAGACUACUGUUGUCAAAGGAGCUGGAAUAAAGGAGGAGGAGGAUCAGCAUCGACCUCGGAUCCCAGCCUCAGCGCUCCCAUCCCAGCCUGGUCCCCGGCUCACCCGGCCGCAUCCAGCACCUCGUAGCCGUGGCCGCUGUACGUCCGCAGCAGCGUCCCCCGAAGCGGGUUCCACAGCUUCAGCGUCUUGUCACUGCCGCACGUCAGGCAGUAAUUGCCAUCCACUGGGGAACACCAGGCGGGGGUUACUGGGCCGUCGAUCUCAGGAGGCGGGAGGAGGACCCGGAAUGAAGACGAAGGCGCUCACCAUUAAAUCGUACGGCUCGCACUGCCCCCUGCCCGCAGUCCAGCGUCUUCAACCGUUUCUGCGGCAGCUCUGGAGGCCGCGGCUUUGGCUCAGGGAAAGCCAUGCUCCCAGGACUCCUUCCUUGCAGCCUUAAAUCGGUCUGUACGGAAAAUUCCGCGCCUUGGAAACCCACGCUUGGGUGUAACCUUAUUAUUGUUCUUCCUGACCUACUUCCUGUUUAUCACUUCCGGGUUCAUCAUUUUGGCAUUUCGGUGAUCGGGUUGGAACUAUUGAAGCCCGCUUUCAGGUUCUUUUCCCCAUUUUCCCUUUGAAAGGAAGACUUCUGGCUUCUCCUAAAUCUCCGUUCUCUGGGUAAGGGGAGUCCAAGCCUCUGUCAUGAGGAACGGAAAUGCGAGGGCCUCGGGUGUUACUCUAAAAUCCGCCCUCAGUUUGCACGCCGGAAGCUGCGAUUCCUGCAGCGGAAGAGGCGUGAUCUGGCCUUCGACUCGCUAUGUCCACUAACAAUAUGUCGGACCCACGGAGGCCGAACAAAGUGCUGAGGUACAAGCCCCCGCCGAGCGAAUGUAACCCGGCCUUGGACGACCCGACGCCGGACUACAUGAACCUGCUGGGCAUGAUCUUCAGCAUGUGCGGCCUCAUGCUUAAGCUGAAGUGGUGUGCUUGGGUCGCUGUCUACUGCUCCUUCAUCAGCUUUGCCAACUCUCGGAGCUCGGAGGACACGAAGCAAAUGAUGAGUAGCUUCAUGCUGUCCAUCUCUGCCGUGGUGAUGUCCUAUCUGCAGAAUCCUCAGCCCAUGACGCCCCCAUGGUGAUAUCAGCCUAGAAGGGUCACAUUUUGGACCCUGUCUAUCCACUAGGCCUGGGCUUUGGCUGCUAAACCUGCUGCCUUCAGCUGCCAUCCUGGACUUCCCUGAAUGAGGCCGUCUCGGUACCCCCAGCUGGAUAGAGGGAACCUGGCCCUUUCCUAGGGAACACCCUAGGCCUACCCCUCCUGCCUCCCUUCCCCUGCCUGCUGCUGGGGGAGAUGCUGUCCAUGUUUCUAGGGGUAUUCAUUUGCUUUCUCAUUGAAACCUGUUAAUAAUAAAGUUUUUCACUCUGGC